AUGACCGAAUCAUACGAAACGAACACAUAUUUAAUAUUAUUUAAGUACAGGGGGCAAGAAUUUUCUCUUGCCAUCGAUCCUGUUGACCAAGAAAUAGAAGAAAGUUUUUCAAUUGUCAGAAAAAAUCCAAAUCAAGAAGAUAUAUCGCAAAUAUGGGUUUUUGAUCAAGCCAAACAACAUUUCAUGCCAUUGAUAUACCCAUUUAUGGCACUUACAGAAGAAAAUUCAGAUGACAAGUUUAGCACCCUUUCUAUUACGAAUAUUACAGAAGAAGACGACGUGAAUCAAACAUUUUCAUUCUACAACAACUUCAUUGCAAAUAAAAAUUUAGAAAAAUUCGUUAUUCCAACAGAAAAAUCAGAUUCAUCUUUUAUUUUAUCAACAGAUAUACCAGAAAACGUUACGAUGACAUGCCUCAAAAUCGACGUAUCUGAUUAUUGCAUACCUUAUCCUAUUCCAGAAAUUCCUUGCGCAAUUUUAUUUUCUGACGCUGCAGAAGAAUAUGCAUUAACCAUGGGACCAAUACUAUCAGAAUACGAUUCUACGCGUAAAUUAACAUUUACUCCCUUCAGACAAGAAUUAAAUCCAAAACAAUUUUGGUUAUAUAUACCAAAUCACAAUAAUUCGAUAUUUUCUUGCGCCGAAUCAGACAUGGUUAUCAAAGCAGUCCAUAAUGAUGAGACAGUUGAUAUUGUUAUGGCAAAUUCCAAUUCAAAUAAGAAAAAUCAGAACUGGAAGAUCUUUAAACGAUGUAUAUAUUCAUCUAAAUACGAUUCUUUUAUGACAGUUAAUCAGGAAGACACAAAUUUCGUUCUUGACGAUGAUGAUUCAGAACUUGCUGAUAAACAGUUUUAUUUUUACCCAUUGUUUAACAACAAUGAUGCAAUUUUGCAUAAGAAUGAUGUAAUUUCUCAGAAUGAUGAUCUUAGAACUGAUGAAAGCGGAAGUUGUGAAGAAAUUAGUGAUUCUGAUAACGACGAUGAUACAGUUUUUUCAGAGGAUUAUCCUGACUUGGGCUUUUUUAGUGUAAUUGAUUUUUAA